UAUCUAGUAUAAACCAAUGCACUGCUUAUAACAUGCAUAGAUCGACAAACUCAGUCAGACUUGAGAGUGUUGGCGGAAGGAAUAGUCCAUUUUCUAUAGAUUUGUUUGUAUUACUUUUUUCAAACAUGAAGUUGGCCGUUGUGUUCCUCUGCCUGAUGCCGUUCGUGCUCAGUGCCACCGUCAACGAGAGAUUCAUCGAAUCUUUGCUCGGGGGAUACGACACGAAUCAAAACGGUGUCAUAGGAAGUGGCCGCGUAAUUAGGGACUUCUUUGUCAAGGCGGUGAAAGUCGACUGGGACUAUCUUCCGCUGCAGAUGAACGCGGUGGAUUCAUACGACACAUACUGGCACGAGACGCUCGUGCGGCGGAACAAUCGCGUGGGCAGCAAAUAUUGGAAGUACGUGUACAAGCAAUUCACCGACGACACCUUCACGACCGAGAUCACUACCCCAAAAUCAUUCGGCAUUGUCGGCCCCUUGUUAAGGGGAGAGGUCGGCGACACGAUCCGUGUCCAAUACCGGAACAACGUUUCGGUCCCGCUGUCUGUGCAUCCGCAUGGGGUUCAGUACACGAAGUUGAAUGAAGGUGCCCUCUAUCAGGACAACACCAGCCAGAGGAACAAGGCGGACGAGAGCGUCGGUCCCGGAGGUAGCUACGUGUACACGUGGGAGGUCACUUCCGGUUUCGCGCCACGUGACGGCGACUCCAAUUGCAUCCCGUUCGGGUACCACUCUCAUGUCAACGCUGAAAAAGAAACGAACGCAGGCCUAUUGGGACUUUUGGUCAUAUGUAGAUCGGGUAUUUUGACACCCCUUGGCAUGCGCUCCGACGUAGAUAGGGAGCUCGUACUAUAUUUUGACUCUAUCGAUGAGGGCAAAUCAUGGUUGGUGCAUGAGAACCUAGAACGUUGCGGCGACCCCGCUGAAUGCAAGCGUCUUGCCGACGCGGGCGAUCCGGAUUUUGAGGAAAGCUUGAAGAAGGAUUCCAUUAACGGCUAUAUGUAUGGCAAUUUACCGGAACUAACUGUCUGCGCCGGCGACCGUGUGGCCUGGUACAUCUUUUCACUCAGCGCGGAGCUUCAUCCGGUAAACAUCCUCGGACAGACUUUCCUUGAGAGCGGUCAAAGAAAAGCCGUCGAGGGUAUUUGGUCGGCGACUUUCCGGGAAGCGGAAAUGGUGGCCCGUAACCCCGGGAGAUGGCUCGUGCAAUGCAUGAACUCAGAACACAACAGAAGUACGUCGAUAUUCUGAAACGGCUUAAAUCGACCACGGUUAACACGACGAAGCUUUUAAAGGCAUUCGCCAUAGCAUUGCAUAUAUUAUUAGACAUUGUAUAUUAAUGAUUAAGAAAGAACUGCUGUUCACCGCUGUUCAUCGAUCAAUUGAUAACGGUUUGGAAUCAUCAUGUGCGAGGAAGUAAACAACGGGGCGUUUUCCAAAACACUUUUUUAUUAUUGGAAAGUAAGUUUUGAUUGUAAUGGAAAUAAUAAUGGAUUUCUUCCGGUGUCAUGGACCUCGCUUCAGAGCUGCACAACGAUGACACUCUAUAUUGGACACUUGGAUACUAUUUUCCAAAAAUAUGAAGAUUCUAAGAAAUGAAUAUAUCAACUUUUAAGGACCUUGUUCUAACUUAUUUCAUUCUUCACAGUUUGUGAGAGUUGUGAACACAUGCUGCUUUUGCUUUGGAGUAAAAUGACUGCAAGCGUACACCGUUUUUUGCCAAUCAAACUCCACACACUUUAAAAAUGUUAUAAAUGCAAUCGAAUUCGUUAUAAAGUUAAAAAAUGUAUUACUUGUGAUAAUUACUUUCAUGCCCG